AUGAUUUUGGAAUCCAUUUUCUCCUGCACAAAUUUAACUCUGACAUGCGGAUCCUCUAUUUAUAUCCUGGUGAAACACUCUUAUGCACGACACUCCAGGUUCUUUACCCAUCUCACGUAUGCCUGUAUCGGGAUCGCGAUGAUUGGGUCCCGAUCCCUGAUCGUCCUGGCGUACAAACUCUUCUUCAAGGAGUAUCCGUUCGAUCCGGUCAUGAUGGAGUUCGAGGAGGAGAAGAGUAAGGGAAGACUGAAUGUUUUAGACGAGAUCCUGAGGACAUUGAGCAUGGCCGGCUUAAUUUAUUCCCUGUAUUCUUGUCACGGGUAUUACGUGCUAGGUGUCUGUGUUGUAACUACCUUGUCAAUUUUAGACGCGAUCAAACUGCAUAGGACGAGGAGACAGUCUGAGGUAUUUCUGAGUUCGCGUUUCGAGUCACCGUCCCAAUCGAAGCCACUCUACGACACAAAGCUGAAUAUUUUCAGUUGGGCGAUUAUCAGUGGAUGGUUCGCGUACGCGGUAGGUAACAAUUACGCGGUAGUAGCGAAUUAUCCUUUGCUUCUGGCAAACUGGGCCCUAUCUCCUGAGGGAUUUUAUCAAGGAUGGACUGUACGUCGCAGCAUUAACGAUUACUUGAUGGCGAGUUACGUUAUGUGCAUGACAGAAGCCCUGCGACAAACUGACACGUGA